AAGGCCAAAUAAUUGUACCUAUAUUCAUAAACCUAGUCUAAACCAGCCCUAAAAGCCUUACUAGCCUAUAUUUCUAUUUUAGUAUAAUUUAGGGUUUAUAAAUGUAAAAAAAAUAAAUUUAUAAUUUCCAAAUUUAGAAAGGAAUAGGGGAGGAAAUUGGAAUCCCAAAUAGAUAGGAAGAAGAGGAGGAGCUCUUUUUAACUUCAGUUUAGUUGUUCUUCCCAAGUUCUGACUCGUCUGUUACAAGGAUACAGUUUUGUCGCUUUCAAAAAAUAUUGAUUUUUUUAGUCAAUAAAUACAAGGACUCUCACUCUCAUUCUCAUUCUGGCUCUUAACACUUUGAUUUCAAAGCUCUCUCCUUCUUUGCAUGUUUUGUUGCCAAACAUGAGCAUCAAUCGCCUUGUUCGAUCCAAUCUCACUACCCAGCUUGGUUCAUGUAUAAAAUAUGUUGCUGCCUCUAGAAGUUCACAAGAGCGUCUCUUUUCGGCUCCCUCUAUAGCCAGGGUAUAUGGUACAAGCGCAACUUUGCAAUCGGAAGAUGGGUUUAAAGGACAUGACAUGCUUGCCCCCUUCACAUCGGGGUCCCUAAGUUCUGAUGUGCAUCCUUUGCUUAUAGAGAAGUCAGAGGGUAGCUAUGUUUAUGACGUCAACGGGAAGAAGUAUCUUGAUGCCCUUGCUGGUCUAUGGUGCACAGCGCUAGGUGGAAAUGAACCUCGACUAGUUGAAGCUGCCACUCGCCAGUUGAACACUUUGCCAUUUUACCACUCCUUCUGGAAUCGUACUACCAGACCUUCUUUGGAUUUGGCAAAAGAUCUUCUGGAAACUUUUACAGCUACAAAAAUGGGAAAAGCAUUCUUUACCAAUAGCGGAUCUGAAGCCAAUGAUACUCAGGUGAAGCUGGUCUGGUAUUAUAAUAAUGCACUUGGACGUCCAGAUAAAAAGAAAUUCAUAGCUCGACUUAAAUCGUACCAUGGUUCAACUCUGAUAUCAGCAAGCCUUUCUGGCCUCCCAGCUCUGCAUCAAAAAUUUGAUCUUCCUGCUCCAUUUGUAUUGCACACUGAUUGCCCCCAUUAUUGGCGCUAUCACCAGCCAGGUGAGACGGAGGAGGAAUUCUCAACCAGAUUAGCCAAUAAUUUGGAGAAUCUUAUCCUCAAAGAAGGACCAGAGACUAUUGCUGCGUUCAUCGCCGAACCUGUCAUGGGUGCAGGAGGUGUGAUACCUCCCCCUGCAACUUAUUUUGAAAAGAUUCAAGCUGUUGUGAAGAAAUAUGACAUUCUAUUUAUUGCGGAUGAGGUAAUCUGUGCAUUUGGAAGACUUGGGUACAUGUAUGGGUGUGAUAAAUACAACAUAAAACCAGACCUUGUAUCUUUAGCCAAGGCACUUUCUUCUGCAUAUAUGCCAAUUGGUGCUGUUCUUGUGAGCCCGGAAAUUUCAGAUGUCAUACACUCUCAAAGCAGCAAGCUUGGUUCAUUUUCUCAUGGAUUCACAUACUCUGGACACCCUGUAGCCUGUGCAGUUGCAAUUGAGGCGCUCAAGAUAUACAAGGAAAGAAAUAUUGUUGAACAAGUAAAGAGCAUUGCCCCACAGUUUCAAGAUGGUAUAAAAGCUUAUUCUGAUAGUCCCAUUAUAGGAGAGAUACGGGGAACUGGAUUGAUCCUUGGUACAGAAUUUACAGACAAUAAGUCACCUAAUGAUUUAUUCCCUCCUGAAUGGGGGAUCGGAGCAUAUUUUGGAGCCCAAUGUGAGAAGCAUGGGAUGUUGGUACGUGUUGCUGGUGAUACUAUAAUGAUGUCCCCACCAUUUAUAAUGACACCUAGUGAGGUUGAUGAGUUAAUAAGCAAAUAUGGGAAAGCAUUGAAGGCUACUGAAGAGAGGGUGAAGGAGCUCAAGUCUCUGCAGAAAUAGCCGAUGAUGAUGGUGAAAAGUAUAUGUGGACUUCAUGUCUUCAUGCAAAGCAAUGCCCAUUCGCUGUUCUCCUUUCCUUCCCCUUGUACAAAACUCUGUUUAUGAGGUUAUCUAAAUAAAGCGUUUUGAACACCGAGUGAUUACCGGAGUUUUAUAUCUCUUCUUUUUAUGUUUGUCUCUAUGAAAAUGAGAUUAAGCAUUGGU